GGUGCUCAGUCGCCGCGCGGUCCUAAGCAAUCUGGGCAAUACAGUCGUCAAAAUUUUUCGAAAUUCCCAAAGUUUGUUUAGUAAGUUAAGUAGUUAGUUUAUUGUGCUGUUUGCUAUUGUUACCUAACUUGGUUUUGCGAUAAAACUCAAGUUAAUAUGGCGCCAUCUACGAGCGUUAAAGAAUACUAUGCGGAUAAGACAAUUUUCAUCACUGGAGCAACGGGGUUUAUGGGAAAAGUAUUGGUGGAGAAAUUACUUCGAACCUGUCCAGACAUAAAAAGGAUAUAUCUGUUAAUGAGACCAAAGAAAGGACAAAAUAUUAAGGAGAGAUUGGAAACAUUUAUAAACUGUUUGAUCUUCGAUCAUAUAAAGAAUGAUUACCCUAAACGCUUAGAAAAGCUUCAAGUCAUACCCGGAGACAUCUUGGAUAAAGAUCUAAGCAUAUCCGAUGACGAUCGUGAUCUCCUGCAGAGGGAAUGCCAGAUUUUGUUUCAUUGCGCUGCUUGUGUAAGGUUCGACAUGUUCAUCCGAGAUGCAAUCAACAUGAACACUUUGGGGACAAAGAAGGUGCUUGAUUUAGCGGAGGGCAUGAAAGAGCUGGAGGUUUUUGUACACGUGUCUACUGCAUACUGCAGAUGUGAAGUGGAAGUUUUGGAAGAGAAGGUAUAUCCAGCGAAACACAAGCCCCAAGAUGUGAUGGAAUGUAUAUCGUGGAUGGACGACCAGCUCUUGCAACACAUGCAGCCGAAAAUGAUAGAACCUCAGCCCAAUACUUACGCCUACACCAAGUCGCUUACAGAAGAUUUGGUGUCACAGUACGCCGGGAAAUUCCCUAUCAUCAUAGCAAGGCCGUCUAUUGUUACAGCUGCAAUGCAGGAACCUAUGCCUGGGUGGGUCGAUAAUCUGAAUGGUCCCACUGGACUAUUAGUUGGUGCUGGAAAGGGUGCAAUACGUACAAUGCAUUGCAAUGGGACGUAUGCGGCAGAUGUAGUGCCAGUGGACAUCGUGGUCAAUGCCUGUAUACUUCUUGCUUAUACGACAGCCAUAGAAAAACCAAAAGAAAUCGCCGUUUGCAACAUAACUGAGUCAAGGAAAAAUCCUAUUACUUGGGAGCAGGCACUAGAUUUAGGUCGCAUCCACGUCCAAGAGUUCCCAUUCUCUGUUUGCUUAUGGUAUCCUGGUGGAUCCCCAAAAACUUCCAAGAUUCAGCAUCAAAUUGCCGCGUUCUUCACACAUUUGCUUCCUGCCUAUCUAGUGGAUUUAUUGAUGAUUCUUAUGGGCAAAAAAACAUUCAUGGUGAAAAUGCAGAAACGUAUUAACUAUGGCCUAGAAGUCCUACAAUAUUAUACGACAAAGGAAUGGUACUUCAAAAAUGACAACUUACUUGCACUUCGGCAAAAGAUUUCUGAUGAAGACGACAAGACCUUCUAUACUGAUGUCGGGUUAAUCGACUGGAGUCAGUACAUAAGAGACUACAUUCAGGGUGCCCGCCACUACUGCGUGAAGGAAGAUCCAGCAACUCUACCCAAAGCCAGGAAACUUCAUCAACAAUUAUACUACAUCGACAAGGUGAUGCAAGCUCUGAUAUACGCAUUAUGUAUCUAUUUCAUAUAUUAUUAUUUAAAAUUGUUUUUGUCCAUUCUUAACUGAAAUAUGUUCAUAUUUUAAGUAAUUGAUAUGUUAAAUUUGUUAUUGUUUUAAUUCACAUCUGUCUUACGUUGAUAGGAGUUGUUCUCUUCAUGAUUUAUGAAUGUAAUUCAAUAUUCACAUCCCAACGAAAAUGUUAUACACUUGUGUAUCAUUCGAUACAGUUUCAACAUAUAGUAAAAUCAUAAUAUUCCGAUGCCUAGUAUUGUUAAUUUAUUAGAACAUCAAAAGGAAAACAAUAUUAUUCAGAUUUUUGUCUAUCUGUCUGUAUAUUUUUAAACGAGGCACCCAAAGUCUACUCCAUGGAAUUAAAUGCAGCUUUCACCGAUGUACAAAGGUGCUAGAGGUCUAACUGAAAUAUUUAAAGUACAAUGUGUUCAUUUACCGCAAGAAAAUAUAUUAUUCCAUGCA